UUUAGUGAAAACAUGGUUGAACACGGGGACAUCCGCGUGGUUCACCGAGGUGGGAGCAAAAUAAACUCCAGGGAGCCUGUCAUAACCAAUGAUUCAAGGUUCCUGCUGUGCGCCUCGGGAGAGUGCGUCAAGGUGUUCAGCACCUCUACGGAGGAGUGUCUCCACGACCUGCGGGGACACACCGACCUGGUGACCGGUGUGCUGCUUAAACCCUCCAACCACCUGCAGGUCUACUCUUGCUCAGUAGAUGGCACUGUCAGGCUUUGGGACUUCACAGAUGGCAUCCUUAUUAAGACUUACGUCAUUGGAUACGCGGUUUACUCCAUCUAUGCAUCUGCAGACCAUGAAGGAGUCAUCUUUAUCGUUACUCCAACGCAAAGUGACAAAAGAAGCGAGUUGUUCCAGCUGGUUGCGGUACAUCUUCCCCAGAGCGGAGAUCAGCUGGUGGAGGCCCUAGAGCUUUCAGAGGUGCUCAGCGACGUCAGUUCCAACCCAGCGGCCACCGUCUUCGGCAGAGGGGGGGAAUAUAUUGCCUCAGCUAAAGGUUUGCAUCUGGAUGUCUACUUCUUCAAGAAACAGAAGUCAUACAGGUUUUCCCUCAAAGAAGACAACAAGAAAGGAGGCAAGAACACAUUCACCUGCGUUGCCUGUCACCCAAAAGAUGACUGCAUUGCCACCGGGCAUGAAGAUGGAAAGAUACGCUUGUGGAGAAACUUCAACCACAAGAAGGAGUACACAUACUCCACCCUGCACUGGCACCACAAUGCUGUCAGCUCACUGUGCUUCACUCCAGAAGGCACCAACCUGUUGAGUGGAGGCUUGGAGUCGGUGCUCGUCCAGUGGCGAUACAGCCAAGAGAGCCAGAAGGACUUCCUGCCCCGCUUGGGAUCUGCCAUCACACACAUUACUGUCUCACCUGAUGGAGCUCUGUUCUGCACCUCACAUAGUGACAACAAGAUUACGAUCAUCCAGAGUUGUGUUAAAGUGUCAGCCGUCAUCCAGGGCCUGGUCAAAGGAGAUAGCGUCAGAACAGACUUGAUGGUGGAUCCACGCAGCAAAUCCCUGGUUCUGAACGAACCAGGCCACCUGCAGUUUUACUCCCUCCAGAGAGACAAACUGCUGUUCAACCUGGACAUUGUGCAGCAGGAGUACAUUCAUGAGUUGGGCCUGGAGCAGUUUGAGGUUGUCAAGGUGGCCUUUGAUGCCUCUGGCAACUGGAUGGCAACAGUGGAAGAAAGAAAACAGAAAGUUGCUGAGCUGGAGCUCAACUUGAAACUGUGGGCAUUUGACGAGCAAACACAGAGUUUUGUGCUGAACACGACCGUCUCAGCCCCACACGAGGACCGGAUUACAGCCAUGUGCUUUUGCCAGGCCGCUGACAGCCAGACCACCAUGCUGGUCUCCACCAGCAAGGACGGGCACUUCAAAGCCUGGCAGCUGCCUGCAUCAGCCAACCCAGAGGCAGAUGAAGGUCCUUCCUGGUCUUGUGAUUUCGUCGGAGCCUAUCACGGCCUGGUGCCAGAGUGCUGUUGUUUCUCAGCCGACGGUUCUCUGCUGGCCGUCAGCUUUCAGGAGGUGGUGACUGUGUGGAGCCCGGCUUCCUGGGAGCUCCUGACAACUCUGUCCCAGCCGCCCGAAGCUAUCAGGGAUCUUUGCUUUGGCCGACUAAGCUGUUCUAAGUAUCUGCUGGGAACCACCGCCAACAACCUGCUCUGCUGCUGGAACCUUCUCACCUGCUCAUUGGAGUGGAGCACCUCAAUGGACGUCAGCCUGCUGCUGGCUGACCCCCUCACUGAGAACAUGGCUGCCUUCUGCUGUCAGGCUGGAUGCACCGACUUGUUUGUGUUUAAGCCCAGUGAGCCUCGGCCCGUGUUUUCCCACAAGGCCGUGUGCUCAGGGAAAGUUACUCGGGCAGUCUUUGCCCCGAGGGAGGAGAUGCUGGAGAGCUGUGAGGAGAGCAGCCAGUGGCUCAACCGCUCCCAGCUGUACUUCCUCACUCAGUACAUGGACCUCAUGACAUUCACCACUAAGGCGGAGGAAGACAGAUUCAUGGCUUCCAACAAACAGCUUGUAAUCGAUGACAGUGUUGCCAUGACACCGUUCUACCUGUUGCUGGGGAAACACCGGAAACCGGAAAAUCAAGACACACUGAGCAACGUGUCUGCCGAGAGGACACCACAGCCACAGGCCUCUGUUGCUAUCAAAGAGCUUCUGCAGACCCCUGCCCACGUUUUGCCCUCCACCUCUUUCCUCUGUUCGAUGUUUGUAGAGUCUCUACUCAUCUCCGUUACCAGGGAGGAAGAUAAACACGCAGAGGAGGAAAUAGAGAGUGAAAAAGAGGAAGAGGAUUCAGAGGAGGAAAUGGAAUCCAGCAUCCCGAGACCAGCACUUGGAGGCCAGUCGGCAGAUUCUACGGCCCCCACUCUGACAAAAGCCCAGGUUAAGGAACUGAGGAGGGUGAAGAAACUUGACCAUAGCUGGCUCACAGGCCUCCUGCACUCUUGAACAAGGCCUUGUACAAAGACACUUUUUUAUUGUUACACACAGUUAAAUCAGAAUGGAUCUCCUGGAAAGAAAGAAACAAUGUCAUAGUUUAAACAAAUCUCUAGGCAAUUACAAAACAGAAAAUAUUUGGUUGCACAAAUAUCAGCUCCUUUGGCAGCAAAUACAGUCAUGAGUCAUGUUUGUAUCAGUUUACACAUUUGAACAAUAAAAAGUUCUCCCCAAUUUUUGAAACUGCUAAGGCUCUGUUGGACAGUGAUCAUUUGUGAACAGCAGUAUUCUAGUCUUGCCACAAACUCUGGACUGCAUUGAGGUCUGUAUUUUGACCAUGCCACUCCAGAACAUUAACAUUUUUUUUUAUAGUGUAAUUCCUUUCCAUUUUUGACUGUAAUUGGGUUGCCUUGCUGGAAAAUAAAUCUUUUCUCAAAACACG